AUGUGGGGAACUGUACUUCCGCUAAGCUUGUCUUUGUGAAGCUCUUGUUUUAUUUUGAGACGGUCUGUUUAGCCUUUUAGAUAAAAUAUACUUUUGCUGGUAAGUGUUGAGUUAACGCUAGUUUCUAGUCGGCAGCGCAGUGUUUGCGCUUGUUCGACGUUUCUUUCAAGAUGAAAAUCUAACUACUGCUAGCGAGUCGCUAACGUUAGCAUGGUGUACGAGUGUUACAAAGGGAGUAUGAGAGUUACCCACAUUAGCUGCCGUGUCAGAAGAUCCGUUAAUUUAACUACAAGUUUACCACAAGUCACUGCCUUUUUCCUCUUAGAGAUUAUUUUGUUGAAUUAUGCACAAAAAAUAAACAAGUUUUCCUCACAGUGAACAGUAUUUAAAAACUUAGGACCUGCAGAUGUGUAGAUGAUUCAUAACGAGCUGCUGUUGUCUGUCAGAACAACAGGGUCGACGAGAAGUCAAUUUUUUCAUCCUUUAAAAAGUAAUUUCUCAACAUGUCAGCAAACACUGAUGCACAAGCAACACCACAGCCAGUCAUAUGUGAAGUGUGUGGAACAUACUUUGAGACACGACGGGGACUGUCAAGUCACGCCCGCCUCCAUCUGCGGCAGCUUGGUGUGACAUUGUCAGAGAGCAGUGGAGCUCCCAUAGAGCUUCUCUACCAGCUCAUCCAGGAGAGAGAUGGCUCCUACCCAAAGUUCAAAGCAGACUCAUCUACAACUGAGCCGCCCCUUGUCCCCUCGCAGCUGGAGUCCAGGACUCUCUCAGCACCAGGGGACAAGAGUUCUUCCUGCAAUGCAGAAGUUAGAGUCAUGUCAUCUCCACAUAAUCAUGAAGGAUCUCCAGUUAGAUCUCCUGUUAGAAUUAAAGAACCAACAUCUCCUGGUCUUAAGUAUGCUGAAGGUAGCAGCUCGUCAUCCUCUGUGCGCCAAACGACAACCAAACCACUGUGGGCACCACUGGAAACUGACGCCCCUAUUAGAUUAGACACCCAUAAUGAGGUCCAUGUGUGCCAGCUUUGUGGCUGCUGGUAUGAGACACGCAAGGGCCUGUCCAGUCAUGCUCGGGCCCACCUGCGCCAGAUUGGAGUCCCUGACAGUGAGAUUAAGGGCAGUCCCAUUGAUUUUCUCUAUCAGAUGAUGGAGGACGAGGACCUCAAGCCCGUCGCCAGUGGACACCAGGAGUCACUCACCUCAAACAGUCCCCUUAAGUCCCCUUCCAAACGUUCCUCUGAUCUGUCCUCUCCACGCUCUUCUCCCCUCAGUAAACGACCUAAAGCAGCAGAGGAUCGUAUUUGUAUUCUAUGCGGGGAAGAGUUUGAGAAUCGUAAAGGCUUGGCCUGCCAUGCUCGCUGUCACCUGCGUCAAAUUGGGGUGACUGAUUUGAUGGGGAAAGCCUCUGCAAUCGAAACUGUCCAGGAGCUGAUCAAUACUGGCAUGUUAAAAGCCAUGCAUCCCCCCAAAAAAUCUGCAGUGGCAUCUACAGCACGAGCCAAUUCUCUUUCUCCAGCCUUGGGCCAAUCCCGGAGCCCUUCAAAAGGCAUGCAGUCUUCUCCAGCUCCUGUUAACAAGGCCCCUAAAGCUAAGAAAGGCUUUCGGUUUGCAGUGGACCCCCUCCAUAGAAAGCCCAAGCCUGAGCCUGUGGAAAUGGAGGUGUCUGUUCAACCAGGGGCAUCCAGUAGGAACUCACCCAUACAGGCGUCGCCCAGUGCUCUUGGUUUUUCAAAGCCUUCCAGUGCAGUUACCUCCACAGAUACAGACAUGCCACCAACGGUCCUUUGUGACUACUGUGGCCAGUUGUUUGACACCCGCAAAGCCCUGUCCUGCCACGCUCGUGCCCAUCUGCGCCAGCUUGGCCUCACCUGGUCAAUCAAGACAUCGCCGAUUGACCUCCUCAACGAGGUCAUGUUGCAGGAUGAAGAGAGCAGGAAAGGGUCUCCGGCAUCAGGCAAAGCCACACGGACCCCACAAGGCUCUAAAAAGCCUCUUGAUAGCCCUCAGGCAAGGGAACCAGCCUCCAACAACUGCAACACACCUCUGGAUUAUUCCAUGAAAGAGAAAUCCGCGUCUGGCAAGAGUGGGACCUCGCUCCCUGACACAUCCUGUGAGCUUUGUGGGUUUAAUUUUGAAAACCGCAAGGCCCUCGCCAGUCACGCACGGGCCCACCUCCGACAGCUGGGAAUCAUUGAGUGGAAGGCAGACGGAGCGAGUUCGCCAAUUGAGCUCCUCAGUGAGUUGAUCCGGAAAGACCCAGUCAAAGUGGCAGCAAUAACACGACGCUACCGUACAGGAGACCUUUAUAUCAAGAAGUCCCAGAAAAGUGCUGCUUCGCCCUCACUGUCCACAGACUCUGACUCUGUGCUGGGUGGUAGCUGGAGGCCUGAGCACAAGGCGAGCAGAGAGGACUUUGGCGCCAUGGCGGGCUCAUCCAGACAGUCGCAAGGCCACACACGGACAGUUGCAACCCACAGCAACCCCGGUGUGCGCUCUCCAAGGGGUGUCCAUCCACCAAAACGCAAAGUGCCCACAGGGGAGGGAAAUCAUCAGCCGUCACGGUCCGGCAGCAUCCCAGCUCUGCUGCCAAAGCCUCCAUUAACGCCGCUGGUUAAGCUGGUGGGCAAAGUCUACUCACUCAAGUGCAGGUUCUGUGAAGAGGUGUUUCACGGCCCGCUGUCGGUUCAGGAGCAGUGGAUCACUCACCUGCAGAAACACAUCCUGUCGCUGGGCUACAAAGGCAAAGCAUCUCCACCUGCUUCUGCCGCUGCCGCCGCCGCUGCUGCUGCUGCUGCUGCUACUGCUGCUGCUGCUCAGGUGGCAGCUCCAGCACUCGUUCAGCCAGUCGCUGUCUAGACCUUUUGUCAUCGUCAUCGUGGCAGAGUAAAGACGACGUUUCUAUGUUUCAGGUAACAUAAUAGUUGUCAGAGCUGUGGAAAAAAAAAUAGAUGUUCCCUUUCUUGUACUUGAAGUGUUAAACAAAACAGAGCCAUAGUAGAACGCAGGAGAACGUUACCCACUCAGGUAAAAUCCACUAGAACAAUAGAUCACAGCACUGAUUACUUGUGAUUUUUUAGGGGGGGAAUAACGAUUCGUGUUUUCUUCCUCCUGCUCAUUCAUACAUUCCUUCCAUGUGUGCAAAUGUAAAAAUGUGUUAAAAAACAAUUUAAUUAUCAAUUUAAGUAACACACCCACUCAGAGACCAGUCUUCACCAAAGUGGAUUUAUUUUGUCUGCGGGCGGAAUUUCACUCGAUGUCAGAUAUAUAAUUUAUGCCCUUUAUCAACUGAGCCUUGUUUUUUUUUAAUGUGUAGUUUUAAGCAUUUUUACUUUUCUUUUUAAAACAUUUAAGAAGAAGAAGAAUUAAUAAAAAUCACACACUGAUGAACGUUACACACACGUUUGUGUAACGUAAGUCUUGAUCAUGUCUUCUUCAGGUAACAUUACUGGUCAUAAACUGAUCUUUUUACUUUUUUUAAUACACUUUAUGUAAUGUCAAUUAAAAUGUGUCUUGUAUGUGAA